CAUCGCCAUUUUCCAUUAGGGGAGUAGACAGAGGCGGAUACUGUUCGGAGACUUAGGAUGCGCCCCGGUGUACGAGCUGUCAGCUAGCAAGGCCGGGGCUGCUUACAUCCUGCCGGCUUUAUUACACUGAAAGGAGGAGGACGGGGCGCUGCGGGCGGCACGGACACUGAACGCAGAACGGUGCGGGAUGGGAAUGCAUGACAACAUGUCCACGAUGGUGUACCUUAAGGAAGACAAGUUGGAGAAACUCACCCAAGAUGAGAUUAUUUCUAAAACCAAGCAGGUGAUCCAGGGACUGGAGGCUUUGAAAAAUGAGCACAAUUCAAUCCUACAAAGCCUACUGGAAACCCUAAAGUGCUUAAAGAAAGAUGACGAGAGCAAUUUGGUGGAGGAAAAGUCCAGCAUGAUCCGCAAAUCUCUGGAAAUGCUGGAGCUUGGCCUAAGUGAGGCACAGGUAAUGAUGGCGUUGUCAAACCAUUUGAAUGCUGUGGAGUCAGAGAAGCAGAAACUGCGAGCACAGGUUCGUCGGCUUUGCCAGGAAAACCAGUGGUUACGUGAUGAGCUGGCCAAUACCCAGCAGAAGCUGCAGAGGAGUGAGCAGUCUGUGGCGCAGUUGGAGGAAGAAAAGAAACAUCUAGAGUUCAUGAAUCAGCUGAAAAAAUAUGACGACGAUAUUUCUCCAUCCGAUGAUAAAGACAGUGAUUCUAAUAAGGAACCUCUGGAUGACCUGUUUCCCAAUGACGACGAUGAUCAAGGCCCAGGAAUACAACAGCAGCACAGCAGUGCCGCAGCUGCUGCUCAGCAAGGGGGCUAUGAGAUCCCAGCACGGUUAAGGACCCUUCAUAAUCUAGUGAUACAGUACGCAUCCCAGGGUAGGUAUGAAGUUGCCGUCCCUCUCUGCAAACAAGCCCUUGAAGACCUGGAGAAAACCUCAGGCCACGAUCACCCUGAUGUUGCCACAAUGCUCAACAUUCUUGCUUUGGUCUACAGGGACCAAAAUAAAUACAAAGAUGCUGCAAACUUGUUAAAUGACGCUUUGGCCAUCCGUGAAAAGACCUUAGGAAAAGAUCACCCAGCGGUGGCCGCCACUCUGAACAAUCUUGCAGUGCUGUAUGGGAAACGAGGGAAAUACAGAGAAGCAGAACCUUUAUGUAAAAGAGCUCUCGAGAUCAGGGAAAAGGUUCUGGGGAAGGAUCACCCAGAUGUUGCCAAGCAGUUAAACAACUUGGCAUUACUAUGCCAGAACCAGGGCAAGUAUGAAGAAGUGGAAUAUUACUACCAGAGAGCACUGGAAAUUUACCAAACCAAACUGGGACCAGAUGAUCCUAAUGUGGCAAAAACAAAGAACAACUUGGCUUCAUGUUAUUUGAAACAAGGAAAAUUUAAGCAAGCCGAGACCUUGUAUAAGGAAAUUCUAACUCGUGCCCAUGAACGGGAGUUUGGCUCAGUUGAUGAUGAGAACAAACCGAUCUGGAUGCAUGCAGAGGAAAGAGAAAAAUUCAAAGGAAAGCAGAAGGACGGUACAUUUGGCGAGUAUGGAGGCUGGUACAAAGCAUGCAAGGUUGAUAGUCCAACAGUGACAACAACUCUGAAGAACUUGGGAGCACUUUACCGACGACAGGGAAAGUUUGAAGCUGCUGAAACAUUAGAGGAGGCAGCAAUGCGGUCCCGUAAACAGGGACUAGACAAUGUGCACAAGCAGAGGGUGGCUGAAGUGUUAAAUGACCCAGAAAGCAUUGAGAAGAGGAGAAGCCGAGAGAGUUUGGAUGUGGUAAAGUACGAGAGCGGCCCAGAUGGAGGGGAGGAAGUGAGUAUGAGCGUAGAGUGGAACGGGGAUGGCACGGGAUCUUUAAAGCGCAGUGGGUCAUUUAGCAAACUUCGUGCUUCCAUUAGACGCAGCAGUGAGAAGCUGGUCAGGAAGCUGAAAGGUGGAAGUUCACGUGAUGGUGAACCAAAGAAUCCUGGCAUGAAGCGCGCCAGUUCUUUGAAUGUUCUUAACACGAGUGGCAAGGCUACUGAAGAUCACAUACAAGAGCGAAAUAAUAGUCUGACAGACUCAAGAAGUCUGAGUGCUAGUCACACUGACUUGGCUCAUUAAUGUUCAGGCACAGACGCUAGCUAAAAUUCCUAUGAAUGAAGACGCACUGAGACACAAUGAGCUUUGGUUCCUGCUCACUCUAUAACAGGAGUUCAUAUGUUUUAAUGGACACUCUUUUUACUUAUCUGUAAAAGAAAAAAUAGUGUAAUUUAGAAAAAAAAUCUUUUAAAUUGAUCAUUUUAUUUAUAGGUGUGUAUGUAUAUAUAAAUUGCUGAUUGCACUGUAAAUAUUUUAUUUACAAUAUGAGUUACUGUUACAACAGACAAUAGGGCAAAACUAGUUGCAGUAGGUAGACAGAAUAUACUGAAUAUAUUGAUAUAAAAACAAAAAUAAUACGAUGUUCAUGUGAGUAAAUGGCUUUGAACAUUGGCUGGAGCCUGUAAGCAUUUACUGUCAUCUAACCACUAGAUCGUACAUAAACCACUCAAGUUUGUGUUCAGGAAGUUAUUAUUAUUCGCUGGCUCUGCAGAAGUAUUUGGAGAAUUGCAGAACAUAGACAUCUUUAAAAUCACUUUGGACAUUUCCCAUAAAAUACCCACAACAACCUGAUCUUUUGGGAACAUAACACUUUAGCAGAUAAAUGAAUGAAAGAUGUAUAUACAUUGUUUAGCAAAUACUGAACUGCUGCUAACAUUUUCCAUUUAUUAUAAACUGAAUUCCAAAUGCAACUGAGGAGAUAUUUAGAUACUAUUAGAUCUAAGACAAUAUCAUUCAGGAUUUCCGUUUGUUAACUGGAAGAACGCAAACUUCCUGUUUUGUUUUUUUUUCUGUGCUUGAGCAUGACUGUUACAAAUGCAGGAAGCCGAAAUGUUGUAUGGAAAGAUAUUUGUAAAUAGGUCUUAAAUUUAAAUAGUACCAGGGGUGCUAUAUCUAUGAAUGUAUAAAUUUCAUGUGAUCUGUUUUUAAAUAGAUUUUGUGUGCUUUUAAGGUUGUCAGUGUAAAUAACAAAUAAAUAUCACUAGGUUA